CUCCAUUUUGUCGGUGCCAACGUAAAAGUCUACUUGGUUCAAAGAUCCCACCAAAUUUAGUAUGUUUAGAGGUUGUCAUAGGUAUUGGAUCACAAUAUGGCAGGUGUACAGGGGCUUAAGUUGCAGCACAUAGAGAACAGUUUGGAGCAAAUUGCUCAGUUUUUGAUUCCCUGUCUACCCUUAGCAAAUGCUCAUGCCACAGAUUUCAUCACUGAAAAUUAUUGGGACACACUCAUACCAGUGGGAGUCAGAAAAGAACUGCUGGCUUUGUCACAGGAACAAUUGAGAAACCUACCGUGUGCUGCAUCCACGCAUGUGAACAGAACAUGUACACAAGGUAGACAUGAUACUGAUUCAGCCAAAGAAAAGGAGGAAAGUACUGAAGACACUGAGAACAAUGCAAAUUAUGGUGAUAAUUUAAACCAAACUGACGAAUAUGAAAUUAAUUGUCACAGCAACAAUGAUUCAAAUAAUGAUUCAAACAAACAGGAUGAGGACCGGUGUACUGGCAAGUGUAAGACAAUAAAUGACCAACACAAAGAAUUCCGGUUUCCAUACAGGUGUAUAGAUGAUUUCUUGAGUGAAGCAAGAUCUUAUACUAUAGAAGGUAUAGGCAUGGCUGUAUCACCACAUGAUCUGCUGUGUGGUUUGGGUGCUGACAGGGAUGAGGUAUUUGUUGGUACAUACAUGAAUCAGAAGAAGAGUCACGAAAUAGAGGUUAUGUCAAAGGUUUGUGCAGCACUGGCUGAAUGUUUGGAUUGUAAAUUGGUUGUUGAUUUUGGAAGUGGAAAGGGUUACCUAGGAAACCAUCUUAGUUUACAAUACGAGCUUCCUGUUCUUGGUAUAGAUGCAGCUUCUACAAACACUCAGUCUGCUGAGAAACGGAACACAGUCAUAGAUAAACAGUGGCACAGUCUAGCCAGAAAUAAGCUUCUUGAAUCAGAAGGGAGAAAAUUGACAAAGAAAGAGAAAAAGAAACUAAAACAAAAAGAGGUGACAAGCAGACAAGCUGGUGAUAUAGAAGCUGAUUAUGAGGAAACUAGUGAAUAUUCAAACGUUGUUAAAACAAACAAAGUAGUAGAAAAUGGUUCAGAAAUAGAAUCUAUGAUUAAAACUAAAUCUGAUGAAACUUUUGAAAUAAAUGUAGCAAUUUAUACAGCAAGUAUUAAACUAAGCAAAACAGUUUUAAAUGAAACAAAAUUUGUUCCAUGUACUACAUUUAUUGAUAAAAAGACUAACUUUCUACACCUUGCCAAACUUCAUUUUCCAGGACUCUUUCUAGAACAUAAGUAUGUAAACGACCAUAAACAAAGUUUAUCUAUUAAGGAAAAAUGUGACUCAGCAAAAAUGUUAGAACUGGAUUUUGGAGAGGACUUUUCAGUUGUGAAGAAUCAAUGUAGUAAUGUAUCAUCUUUAGUAGGAAAAGGCCAGGUAACUUGUGCAGACACUAAUAAUGCAAGUGUUUGUUCAUGUUUCAACAAAGCUACAGAUAGUUUUGAUAUUGAUAACAGUUGUAAAUCUAAAAGAACAGUAUGUGCUGAUGUCAGUAAACAGUUCAGCAUGAUGUUGGCUGGUCUACAUACAUGUGGUAAUCUAGCUAGUACAUCAAUGGAGGUGUUUGUUCACAGUGAUCAGUUGAAAGUUCUUUGUAAUAUUGGUUGUUGCUACCAUUUGAUUGACGAAAAGUACCUUGAUAAGACACAAACUGAUGGUACUGAUGCUUGUCUAAAUGGCUUUCCACUGAGUAGAUUUCUGAAUCAGAAACAGUUUAAACUUGGAAAUACAGCAAGAAACCUUGCUUCACAGUCACUACACAGAAUUUCUGACUUUGACAAGCUGCAAGGAGAGCGAUUUUACCCUAGAGCUUUGUUAGAGGUACUAAUACACACUGUUUGUGGAGAAAAUGUUGAAGUGAAGGGUCUGAGAAGGAUUGAGCAGAAGUGUAAAUCUACUCGUGAAUACCUAGGGAGAGCAUGUGAUAAACUUGCUAUAUCUGACAAGGUAUCUGAUGAGAUGAUAGAGAGUUACAUAAGGAAAUACAGCGAUGAUGAGCACAGACUUGCAGCUUUCUUUCAACUCAAGGCUGUCCUUGCUCCAUGUAUAGAAGCCCUAAUUAUUCUAGAUAGAGUCUGCUUCCUCCUUGAGCAGGACCAAGUGAAGGAUGUAUUCCUUGUAAAGAUGUUUGAUCCAGUAAAAUCUCCAAGAUGCUAUGGAAUAGUGGCCAUGAAGAAAACUACUCUUCGAGAUGCUUCAAACUGAUUGAAACUUUAGGAGGCACUGUUUUGUUACAUUUAAAGUGAUAUGCAUCAACCUUACAGUAUUAACUGACCAUUAUGUCAUCCUAAAUGUUUUUAUCUGAAGCAAAAGUAACGUGUGUAGAAAAAAAAUUUGUGAUGUGAUUUACACAUUCAUUUGACAUUGAUAACAAUUUGUUUUAGAUCAAUACAUUUUGAUGCCUUACCUACUAGAGGUUUUUCAACUACUGUGAUAACUCACUUCCUGUGAUAUGCAGACACAAGGGCAGAAUGAAAUGAGCUGAUGCCUUUCAUUUUUUUAGCUUGACUAUACGAAGUAUAUGGAGAGCUAUCCUACUCAACCAGGUGUCGGCGUCCUUCUGCGUCCCCACCUUGGUUAGUUUUUUUACACUUUCUCUUUUUUCUCCUUGUCUCUGUAAUUACUUGAUGGAUUUGUUUCAAACUUAAAAUAGUUAUUCCUCAUCAUCACCCACAUCAUAUGGCACAAGGGCCAUAACUCUCACACCACUAUUUCAUGAAUUAUCCCCCCUUUUUACUUAGAAUUUCAGGUUAAAGUUUUGAUGCACUUUCACUCUAUCUUAAUUAUUACUAAAUGGAUUUGAUUCAAACUGAAAGUAGUUGUUCCACAUCAUCUCCCACAUCAUAUGACACAAGGUCCAUAACUCUGAUACCAAUAUUUAAUGAAUUAUCCCCCACUUUUACUUAGAAUUUCAAGUUAAAGUUUUAAUGCACUUUCACUCUAUCUCAGUUAUUAUGCCCCCCUUCGAAGAAGGAGGGGUAUAUUAUUUUGCAGAUGUCGGUCGGUCUAUGGGUCGAUCUGUAUGUAGACCAAUCCGUUUACGGAUGAUAACUCAAGAAAGCUUGGGCCUAGGAUCAUCAAAGUUGAUAGGAAGGUUGGUCAUCACCUGCAGAUAACCCCUGUUGAUUUUGAGAUCUGUAUGUCAAAGGUCAAGGUCACAGUGACCCUGAACAGUUAAACGGUUUCCGGAUGAUAACUCAAGAACGCUUGGGCCUAGGAUCAUGAAAGUUGAUAAGGAGGUUGGUCAUGACCAGCAGAUGACCCCUAUUUAUUUUGAGGUCAGUAUGUCAAAGUUCAAGGUCACAGUGACCCGGAACAGUUAAACGGUUUCCGGAUGAUAACUCAAGAUUGCUUGUGUCUAAGUUCGUGAAAGUUGAUAGGGAGGUUGGUCAUGACCAGCAAAUGACCCCUAUUGAUUUUGAGGUCAGUAGGUCAAAGGCCAAGGUCACAAUGACCAGGAACAGUUAAAUGGUUUCCGGGCGAUAACUCAAGAACGCUUGGGCCUAGGAUCAGGAAAAUUGAUAGGGAGAUUGAUCAUGACCAGCAGAUUACCCCUAUUGAUUUUGAGGUCAUUUGGUUCAAGGUCAGAUUGGCCAGGAACAGUUAAACAAUUUCUGGACGAUAACUUGAGAACGCUUGAGCCAAUAUUUCAUGAAUUAUCACCCCUUUUUACUUAGAAUUUCAGGUUAAAGUUUUGGUGCACUUGCACUCUAUCUCAGUUAUUACUAAAUGGAUUUGAUUCAAACUUAAAAUAGUUGUUCCACGUCAUCACCCACAUCAUAUGACACAGGGUGCAUAACUCUUGCACCAAUAUUUUAUGAAUUAUGCCCCCUUUUGGCUUAGAAUUAUACUUAUUUAGUGUUUUGAUACACUUAACCUUUAUCUCUCUUGAAACUUAAUAUUUUUGACACAGACUCAAGCUGUUGUGCAAUAUCUUCAUCCACCAUUGGAGUCAUUAAACACUCCAGUGAUAGCUCCAGCUUCCUCAGAUGUGCCCAGUUUCACUAUCCAGCAUCGAAAUAGUCGAGCGUGCUGUCUCCUGUGACAGCUCUUAUUACUGCCUGUUGUUAAAAAGAUACAUGAAUGUAACCAGAUUAUUUUAAUAAAAGUUUUGUUUUGGUGUGCAGAGAGCUGAACAUUGCAUUAUAGUACAAGCAAUAAUGAAGACAGGAGACAUGAACUGUCUUUACGGUUGACCGAUUCAGUUGAAUUGUAACACAUAAAUUGUCUUUAAUAAAAUUGUUUACAUUUA